UGUAGUUAGUCAGUACUCACUCAGACUCAGUCAAGAACCAAGACGAGACUCGCAGAGUACAGACGCGAUCUCUCAAGACAUUCAGCAUCCACGCUCAUCUCGACCCGGACGCUUCUACGCUGAUAAGUAAAAAUAUAAUCAAUCAUGGUGCUAUGCAGUGUGCUGCGGACGCUGAGCAGGCUUAGCAGACCUCACGUGACGCAUUGCUGCAGAAGAGCGUUGUACUGCACUAAGAGUAAAGGUCGCUAUUACACCAAAGACCACGAAUGGCUGACAGUAGAUGCAGGAGUCGGCACUGUCGGCAUAUCUAAAUAUGCUCAGGAAGCUUUAGGAGAAGUGGUGUUUGUCCAGCUGCCAGAAGUGGGCACGACGGUGGCAGCUGGAGAAGAGUGCGGAGCUUUGGAGAGCGUCAAGGCGGCUAGCGAGAUUAUUGCUCCAGUCUCCGGGACCAUAGUAGAAAAGAACAGUCCAGUGGAGUCCACGCCAUCGCUGAUCAACAAGUCCUGCUUCGAGGAAGGUUGGCUGUUCCGGGUGAGGCUCAGCGCGCCGGAGGAGCUGCAACAGUUGAUGGACCAGGUGGCCUACGAUAAAUUCCUGGAGGAAACUCACUGACACACCGAUUGUGAAACCAAGGCCGGCCCAAAGGUGAUGCGGGCAUUGCGACAUAAAGGGGGAGCGAACCAAACAAAUGCGCCUGUAACUUAAAAAAAAAUUAAAAUGUAAAGAAAGUAGAUAAUGCCCACGACUUCAUCCACGUAUUAAUAUUUUAAAAAUCCCUUAGGGACUCUUUGAUUAUCCGAAAUGAAAUCUAGACUUGUGUGACUAAAUGCGAAAAUGUGUUUGUUGGUGGUCACGUCGCAAUAGAACAACAGAUUAACAUAGGCAUAGUUAGAUUUGGAGAGUUACGUAUGCCAUUUUUUUAUCCCGGAGGGUUCCCACGUGAUUUUAAAAAACCUUAAUCCACACGGAUGAAGUUGCGUGCAUCAUCUGGUAAUUCAUAAAAGAAAUUCUGCUUGCUCGCACUGAUUCAGCUUCUUUACCUACUUUGGAUGAAGAUUUGGUGGUGAGUUUAUUCACUGUGUAUAUACCUACUAUAUAAGUAAAAAGAUAAAACCUGUACCAAUGUUUUAGUAUUUAAAAUAAGAAUUUGUUUUGAUAAGAUUUUUAUUGCAUUUUUUAUUAUCUAAAUAAAGAUACUUAACAUUGUUGUUUUAAUUACGAAAUAUGCAAAUGCAAAAG